GCACACAGAUGCAUUUGAGCGCAAAUUUAUUUCUGGAGGAAUGCGGGAGUGUGGUCCAACUGUCAGCGUCUCUGUUCUGAGUGAUCGCUGGGCCAGUUCCCCUGGGUCCUGCUCACUUGUCAUCCCAUUUCUUUUUUUCUUUUUUUAAAGGUGUGUGUGUGUGUGUGUGUGUGUAUGCGUGCACCAGGUGUGUAUGGGUACCUAAAGAAGCCAGAGAGGGUAUCAGAUCCCUUGGAAGUGGACUUACGGCGGAGGGGCGUGGCGGGGGGUCACCUGUCAUGAGUGUUCUGGGAACUGAGUUCCAGUUCUCUGGGUGAGCGCGAGAGCACUUUCAACCACUAAUCAUCUCUCCAGCCUCAUCUCUAGCCUGCCCAGUAAUCCAGACUUGAUCUCAGCCCCUUAUCACAUCACCAUGGAUGCAUCCAUUCAGUUAUUACUGCGCAGCGAUUGUAUGUCAGACCUGUCUAGGUCCUGAGGGCAGUAAAGAAACCAUAAAACAAAGACUGGGGAUACGGCUCAAGACUAGCGCAUUUGUCCUAGCAUGCACACAGCCUUGAGUUCCACCCAGCACUAAAAUGCACACAGAUGCACAUGCAUGUGGACUCUUAUUUUCCUACAUGGGCAUACCAAAAUCUAAAGAUGCUCUUCUCUUACAUAAAAUUAUGCAGUAAUGUAUACAAACCUAUGCCUUAUGCAAAAUGGCAUACAUUUGUGUAGAACCUACAAGCAUCUUCCCAUACACUUUAAAUCUUCCCUAGAUUAUCUAACACUUGGUAUGCUGUAAAUGCUCUAAGUAGUUGUGUUAUUUCUGGCCUGGGGUUGUAGCUCUAGUGUGAAGAACUUGCCUAACAUGUGCAAAGCCUUGGACUACUCCAAAACCGGAAAAAAGGAUGAUGUUCAGGAAAAAAUAGCUGGAUGUGGUGAUACAUGCCUGUAGUCCCAGCACUGGGGAGCUGGAAGCAGAGGAUUGCCACAAGUUCAAGGCUGUAUAAAAUACCAGGCCAAUCAGGGCUAUAUCUUUAUAAGAUAUAUAAGACCCUAUCUUGAAAAAAAUAGCAAUAAUGGUAAAAAAAAAUCUGCGUGUAGGUGUUCAGUUCAUAUGGAUCUUUUAAAAAUAUCUUUGUUUAGUCAAACCCUCAAAUAUGGAACUCUUAGAUGGAGAGGGAUGACUUGUGUCAGGUGCUUGAAGGGCUAUGGAAUAAAAAAAGAAAAUUGAGGAGCAGAGAGUGAGGGUAGCCAGGACUAUAAAUAGACUGUCCAGGCAAGCCCUGGCUGAGCCGCCCUGAAGAAGGGGAGGCUGUGAGCUUUGCAGAAGUCUGAGGUUGGCACAGGCCAGGCAAAGUGAGCAGGGAGCACAGCGACAAGAUGUGCUUGGCACAUCUGUGUGAGGACAUGUGAGGAGCCCGGUGUGGCAGGAGCAGGCUGCGGGAAAGGUCAGAGGGACUGCAGGUUAUGGGGAGAACUUUGUUCUGACUGAGGGGGAAGGCUCAGGAGGGUUGUGAAAAGAAGAGGGACAUGAUUUGUCUUAUUGUGUAAUAGUAUAGCUGGUUGCUCUAACAGUCUGUAGCGCUGAGGGUGGAAGCAAGACAGUGCGAGGAAGCUGUCAACGGUCUGGGUGACUGCUGAGAGAGGCUUGUUUUGGGAAAUACAUGGAGUGCUAGGAAUAACACACUGGGCCUUUGCACAUGCUAGGCAGUUGCACUACUGAGUGUGGGAUCCUACUAGCCUCAUUCUGAAUACAUUAUCUUUUGUUGUCUGCGGAGGAUUUUCUGAGACAGGGCUUUGUAGCCCUUGAUUGGUGUGGAACACACUAUGUGACCCAGCCCAGGCUAGACUACUUAAUAAGACCCCAGUCUUUGAGAAAAGAAACUGAGCAAGGCAGACAUGUCAGAUCUUGAGUUCAUGGUCAGCCUGGUCUACAGAGCAAGUUCCAGGACAGCCAGGACUAUGCAGAGGAACCCUGUUUAGGAAGGAAGGAAGGAAGGAAGGAAGGAAGGAAGGAAGGAAGGAAGGAAGGAAGGAAGGAAGGAACUGAAAGCCAGGUACAAUUUCACAGGCCUUCAGUCCCAGCACUCAGGAUGCUGAGGCAGGUAGAUCUCUAUGAGUUCAAGGCCAACCUGGUCUACAGAUUAAGUUCCAGGACAGUUAGGGCUACAUAGUGGGACCAUGUACACACUCUGUGUGUGUGUGUGUGUGUGUGUGUGUGUGUGUGUGUGUACAUACAUACAGUAAUGGUUAGAGUAAGACUGAGUGAAGAGUGAAAGAUGAGCUUAAAGAUGAGUAGAUGAACUGAGUAGUAUGAAAAAAGCCAAGGCAAGCCAGGCAUGGCGGUCCACGCCAGUAUUCUCAGCACUCAGGAAACAGAGGACAGCCUGAUCUAAAUAGCAAGUUCCAAAGCAGCAAGAGCUACAUACUGAGACCCCUACCUCAAAUAGGAAAAGGGAGAGAAGGGGAGGGGAGGGAAGGAAGAAAAAAAGAAAGACAAUCAAGAGCAUGUUUGAGUGGCAGUUGGUGGUGCUAGUUAGAUAGCCAAAUUACCUAGGACUUGGGGAGAGGCCACAGGGCUGCAUGUGGACACCUUAGCCAGCAGAUGAUAGUUACAGCCAUGAAGACACAUGCAGUUUCUAAGAAGGCACAUAUAGGCACGGGCAAAAGGUUCAAGUACUAAGCCCCAUAACUGUGCCAUAUUCAAGUGUCCACUAGUUGAGCAAUUUAAAGGAUCCGAAGAACAUCCAGUGAGGAAGGAAGGAAACCGGGGCUAUGUGCUAUUCUGGAGGCCAAAGGAAGAAACUGUUGCCAGGAAGAGAGAGUAAUCAGCUAGACCCAGAACCACUGAUGGUCUGACCAAUGAGGACUAAGACUUGAACAAUGAUUUUUACAAAGCAGACAUCCCCAGGGACCUUAACAGUUUUGCAGAUGGUCAGGGCCAGAAGCCGAACUGGAGUGGGCUCAAGAUACAAUGGGAGCAGAGGAAGUAGAAUACCUGGGAAUGCACACAACUCUCUUGAGAAGUUUUGCUAUAAAGGGAAGAAGGAAGCAGGUUUGCUCUGUGGGUCAUUUCAACCGUUCAGGAGCUUUGGGAAAGAGGAUGGCAUCAGGAGAAGCGCUCUUCAGGUUUACCAGUUUUUCAGCUGCCUCCCAGAGGAUAAGGUCCCCUACGUCAACAGUCCUGGGGAGAAAUACAGAAUAAAGCAGCUGCUGCACCAGCUGCCCCCACAUGACAGCGAGGCACAGUAUUGUACGGCCCUGGAAGAGGAGGAGAAGAAAGAGUUGCGAGCCUUCAGCCAGCAGCGAAAGCGGGAGAAUCUGGGACGGGGCACCGUUCGAAUCUUCCCAGUGACCAUUAAUGGGGCUAUCUGCGAGGAGUGUGGAAAGCAAAUCGGAGGCGGGGACAUUGCAGUAUUUGCCAGUCGAGCAGGCCUUGGUGCCUGUUGGCACCCUCAGUGCUUCGUGUGCACCACCUGCCAGGAGCUGCUGGUUGAUCUCAUCUACUUCUAUCAUGCUGGCAAGGUCUACUGUGGGCGCCACCAUGCUGAAUGCCUGCGCCCUCGCUGCCAAGCGUGUGAUGAGAUCAUCUUCUCCCCUGAAUGUACGGAGGCCGAGGGCCGGCACUGGCACAUGGGUCACUUCUGCUGCUUCGAGUGUGAAGCUUCGUUAGGAGGGCAGCGCUAUGUCAUGCGUCAGAGCCGCCCCCACUGCUGCGCCUGCUAUGAGGCCCGCCACGCGGAGUACUGUGAUGGCUGCGGGGAACACAUCGGCCUGGACCAGGGUCAGAUGGCUUAUGAGGGCCAACACUGGCACGCUUCAGAUCGUUGCUUCUGCUGUAGCUGGUGCGGCCGAGCUCUGCUGGGGCGCCCUUUCCUGCCACGCCGUGGCCUAAUCUUCUGUUCACGAGCCUGCAGCCUCGGGGCUGAGACCACUGCUCCCGGGCCCGGCCGCCGCAGCUGGAGCACCAGCACAGUGACCGCACCGCUCGCAGCUUCUGCGGCUUCUUUCCCGGCUGCGGAGGGGACAGCGGAGACGACAAGCAAAGGCACCUGUACCAAGGCCGAGCCUGCUGCAAGCCCCAACGAACCCUCCCGCUUUCUGAGAGGGGCCCCGCACCGCCACUCUAUGCCUGAGCUGGGACUCCGCAGUGCUCCUGAGCCACCUACUGAAAUCCCUGGACAUCCUGCCCUGCUCCCAGAUGAUAAUGCCUUUGGCCGCCAAAGUACCCCGCGUGUCAGCUUUCGCGACCCUUUGGUGUCUGAGGGCGGGCCCCGACGGACCCUGAGUGCACCUCCAGCCCAACGCCGAAGGCCGCGAAGUCCCCCACCUAGGGCCCCCAGCUGCCGCCACCGCCGAAGUAGGCGCCGACGCCGCGGGAGCCACCAUCACCAUCACCAUCCUGGCAGACAUGGCCACCAUCGAUGUAAUGUGGGAUCGGGUUCGGAUUCAGGAUCCUGUUCCAGCUCACCCUCUAGCCCCAGUUCAGAGUCCUCUGAAGAUGAUGGCUUCUUCCUGGGGGAACGUAUCCCGCUGCCCCCUCACCUGUGCAGGUCCAGGACCACUCAGGACACUGCCACUGAAACCUUUAACUCCCCAGCCCCGCCACUCGCCCAGGUGUCUCACUCAGUGACGCCUCGGCAGACCCGAGACAAGAACUGCACCGUGGCUUGAAGGCAGGCAGUUUAAUGGACUCUAUUAUCUAGUCAGUGUACACCAUGAUUCCCCUCACUAAGUCAUGGCCCCGUUUCCACCCUCUGUUUGUAUUAGUGAAACAAUGCUAUAGUUGUUUUAAAAAACAA